CCGCGACAAUCACCAGAGACCAUCCACCCCUCAUGCUAUAGACCUUCCUACCAAACAAAAAGCGCAGCGGAGAACGACCACCAACCACCGACGACCACAGAGUCGAGUCGAGCCAGGAUGCUAACCUCCGGGCUAACCAACGCACCAGUGUCGAAGGUCCUGCUGAUCUACACGAUCGCAGCAUCCGUGGCACUAGCGAUCUUCGAUAUCAAGCACCUGGUCAACCUGCAGGUGACGCCGCACAUCUGGCCGUACGGACAAUUCUGGCGGAUGGCCGUAUGGCAAGUGGCGGGGUUCGCCAACUCGACGGAGGCGCUGUUCGCGGCGAUGCUGGCGUACCAUGUGCGGGUGGUUGAGCGCGCAUGGGGGAAGCGCAAGAUGGCCACCUUCAUCCUCACGACCCUCCCAGCGACAACGCUCCUCCCGCCCCUCCUCCUGACACUAGUCCUCCGGCCCCUCACGCUCACGAAACUCAAUUACCUCCCCUCAGGCCCAACAGCCACGCUCUUCGCCUUACUGGCGCAGUAUCACGCCUCGAUUCCUAGCACAGUCCGGUACUGCAUCACCACGAGCACCAGCGCCCCCGCCGCAUCCCCAGCUCCAACCACAACAAACGAAACCAUCCCGCAACAACCGACCAACAAGAAUAACCUCGCCAUCACCCUAACAGACAAAUCAACGACCUACCUGAUCGCCGCGCAGCUAGCCCUCUCGCAGUUCCCGAACAUGCUCUUGCCAGCGGUGGUGGGGUGGGCCGUGGGCCUGGCGUGGCGGACGGAGGUGCUGCCUCUGUUUUUCGUGCCCGGGGGAUAUAGGUGGCGGGUGCCGGGGUGGGUGGUCGGGGAGCAGGAUUCCGAGGAGGGUGCUGGGAGGGGCAGCGGGGAGCGGUAUGAGGAGUUACGGAGGCGAUUGGAGGGGGAGGUUGUUGCUGCUUCGGCUACAGCAUCUGCUUCGGCGGCUGGGGAGGGCGGACAUCGGAUGAGACGGGCUGCCUGA